CCGGGGUUUUUUCCGAACAGAAAAAAAGCUCCAGAGCUCCCCUGACCUCCUUUCUCCUCGGCGGGAGCGGACCUCUCCCUCGGCGCUGCCGACCAGCCAUGCCGCGCUCGCGAGGACCGAAGCCGGGGCGCUGCGGCUGCCCCGCGGGGAGGGCUCGCAGCGAAGCCGGGAUUUCGGCGCUCGUACCGGGCGUGGGGAGCCGCUGGGGCCGCCCGCCGCCGCCGCCAACGCCGCCGCCGCUGCUGCUGCUGCUGAGCUGGGGGCUGCUCAGCGCCUCGGCCGCCGCGGGCCAGAACUGCACGUUCCAACUGCAGGGUCCCAAUGGGACAGUUGAGAGCCCAGGGUUCCCAUACGGCUACCCCAAUUACGCCAACUGCACGUGGACCAUCACCGCUGAGGACCAGCACCGGAUCCAGCUCGUCUUCCAGUCCUUCGCCCUGGAGGAGGACUUCGAUGUUCUGUCGGUGUUUGAUGGCCCACCCCAGCCAGAGAACCUGCGAACCAGGCUCACAGGCUUUCAGCUGCCAGCCACCAUCGUCAGCGCGGCCACCACCCUCUCUCUGCAUCUCAUCAGUGACUACGCAGUCAGUGCGCAGGGCUUCCGCGCCAGCUAUGAAGUGCUCCCAAGUCACACGUGUGGAAACCCUGGGCGGGUGCCCAACGGCAUCCAGCAGGGCUCCACCUUCAACCUGGGCGACAAGGUCCGCUACAGCUGCAACCCCGGCUUCUUCCUGGAGGGCCACGCCAUCCUCACCUGCCACGCGGGCUCCGAGAGCAGUGCCACGUGGGACUUCCCCCUGCCCUCCUGCAGAGCGGAUGAUGCCUGUGGUGGGACCCUGAGGGGCCAGAGCGGCAUCAUCUCCAGCCCCCACUUCCCCGCGGAGUACCACAACAAUGCCGAUUGCACAUGGACCAUCCUGGCCGAGCUGGGAGACACCAUCGCUCUGGUCUUCAUUGACUUCCAGCUUGAGGACGGUUAUGACUUCCUGGAAGUCACGGGGACCGAAGGCUCCUCCCUCUGGUUCACCGGAGCCAGCCUCCCAGCCCCUGUCAUCAGCAGCAAGAACUGGCUGCGGCUGCACUUCACCUCGGAUGGCAACCACCGACAGCGUGGCUUCAGUGCCCAGUACCAAGUCAAGAAGCAAAUCGAGUUGAAGUCUCGAGGUGUGAAGCUGAUGCCCAGCAAAGAUAGCCAGAAGACAUCUGUGUUAACUCAGAUUGGUGUGUCCCAAGGGCAUAAUAUGUGUCCAGACCCUGGCAUACCUGAAAGGGGCAAAAGACUAGGCUCGGAUUUCAGGUUAGGAUCCAGCGUCCAGUUCACCUGCAACGAGGGCUAUGACCUGCAAGGAUCCAAGCGGAUCACCUGUAUGAAAGUGAGCGACAUGUUUGCGGCCUGGAGUGACCACAGGCCGGUCUGCCGAGCCCGCAUGUGUGAUGCCCACCUUCGAGGCCCCUCAGGUAUCAUCACGUCCCCCAACUUCCCCAUUCAAUAUGACAACAACGCACACUGUGUGUGGAUCAUCACAGCACUCAACCCUGCCAAGGUGAUCAAGCUUGCCUUCGAGGAGUUUGACUUGGAGAGGGGCUAUGACACCCUGACGGUCGGGGAUGGUGGGCAGGACGGGGACCAGAAAACGGUCCUCUACAUCCUGACAGGUACGUCGGUCCCAGAUCUCAUUGUCAGCACCAACCAUCAAAUGUGGCUCCUCUUCCAGACAGACGGCAGCGGCAGCUCCCUGGGAUUCAAGGCCUCUUACGAAGAGAUCGAGCAGGGCAGCUGCGGCGACCCCGGCGUGCCUGCCUACGGCCAGAGGGAAGGCUCUCGCUUUCGCCACGGUGACACCCUCAAGUUUGAGUGCCAGCCUGCCUUUGAGCUGGUGGGGCAGAAGGCAAUCACGUGCCAAAAGAAUAAUCAGUGGUCGGCUAAGAAGCCAGGCUGUGUGUUUUCCUGCUUCUUCAAUUUCACCAGCCCCUCUGGGGUCGUCCUGUCGCCCAACUACCCCGAGGACUACGGCAACCACCUCCACUGCGUCUGGCUCAUCCUGGCCCGGCCCGAGAGCCGCAUCCACCUGGCCUUCAACGACAUCGACGUGGAGCCUCAGUUCGACUUCCUGGUCAUCAAGGAUGGGGCCACCGCCGAGGCCCCAGUGCUGGGCACCUUCUCAGGAAACCAGCUGCCCUCCUCCAUCACCAGCAGCGGCCACGUGGCCCGCCUCGAGUUCCAGACGGAUCACUCCACGGGGAAGAGGGGCUUCAACAUCACCUUCACCACCUUCCGGCACAAUGAGUGCCCGGACCCGGGCAUUCCAGUGAACGGGAAGCGGUUUGGAGACAGCCUCCAGCUGGGAAGUUCCAUCUCCUUCCUGUGUGACGAAGGCUUCCUUGGGACGCAGGGCUCCGAGACCAUCACCUGCAUCCUGAAGGAGGGCAGCGUGGUCUGGAACAGCGCCGUGCUGCGGUGUGAAGCUCCCUGCGGUGGUCAUCUGACUUCGCCGAGUGGCACCAUCCUGUCCCCAGGCUGGCCUGGCUUCUACAAGGAUGCCCUGAGCUGCGCCUGGGUGAUCGAAGCCCAGCCUGGCUACCCCAUCAAAAUCACCUUCGACAGAUUUAAAACCGAGGUGAAUUAUGAUACUCUGGAAGUGCGAGAUGGACGAACAUACUCCGCGCCCUUGAUCGGGGUGUACCAUGGGACCCAGGUCCCCCAGUUCCUCAUCAGCACCAGCAACUACCUCUACCUCCUCUUCUCCACCGAUAAGAGUCACUCGGACAUCGGCUUCCAGCUCCGCUAUGAGACUAUCACCCUGCAGUCUGACCACUGUCUGGAUCCGGGGAUCCCCGUAAAUGGGCAGCGUCACGGAAAUGACUUCUAUGUGGGCGCUCUGGUGACUUUCAGCUGCGACUCGGGCUACACAUUAAGUGAUGGGGAGCCCCUGGAGUGUGAGCCCAACUUCCAGUGGAGCCGGGCCCUGCCCAGCUGUGAAGCCCUCUGCGGUGGCUUCAUUCAAGGCUCCAGCGGGACCAUCUUGUCACCAGGGUUCCCCGACUUCUACCCCAACAACUUGAACUGCACCUGGAUGAUCGAAACAUCGCAUGGCAAGGGUGUGUUCUUCACUUUCCACACCUUCCACCUGGAGAGUGGCCAUGACUACCUCCUCAUCACCGAGAAUGGCAGCUUCACCCAGCCACUGCGGCAGCUGACGGGCUCGCGGUUGCCAGCCCCCAUCAGCGCUGGUCUCUAUGGCAACUUCACCGCCCAGGUCCGCUUCAUUUCCGACUUCUCCAUGUCCUAUGAAGGAUUCAACAUCACCUUCUCAGAAUACGACCUGGAGCCCUGCGAGGAGCCUGAAGUCCCCGCCUACAGCAUCCGGAAGGGCUUGCAGUUUGGUGUAGGCGACACCUUGACCUUCUCCUGCUUCCCCGGGUACCGUCUGGAGGGCACGGCCCGCAUCACGUGCCUGGGGGGCAGACGGCGCCUGUGGAGUUCGCCUCUGCCAAGGUGUGUUGCUGAGUGUGGGAAUUCAGUCACGGGCACUCAGGGCACUUUGCUGUCCCCCAACUUUCCUGCGAACUACAAUAACAACCAUGAAUGCAUCUACUCCAUCCAGACCCAGCCAGGGAAGGGGAUUCAGCUUAAAGCCAGGGCAUUUGAACUCUCUGAAGGCGAUGUCCUCAAGGUCUAUGAUGGCAACAACAACUCUGCCCGUUUGCUGGGGGUAUUCAGCCGCUCGGAGAUGAUGGGAGUGACUUUGAAUAGUACAUCCAGCAGCCUGUGGCUUGAUUUCAUCACCGACACCGAGAACACCAGCAAGGGCUUUGAGCUGCAGUUUUCCAGUUUUGAACUCAUCAAAUGUGAGGACCCGGGAACCCCCCAGUUUGGCUACAAGGUUCACGACGGAGGCCAGUUUGCAGGGAGUUCUGUGUCCUUCGGCUGUGACCCUGGGUACAGCCUGCGGGGCAGCGAGGAGCUGCUGUGUCUGAGCGGGGAGCGCAGGACCUGGGACCGACCUCUCCCCACUUGUGUCGCUGAGUGUGGAGGGACAGUGAAAGGAGAGCUGUUGGGGCAGGUGCUGUCACCCGGUUAUCCAGCUCCCUACGAACACAAUCUCAACUGCAUCUGGACCAUCGAGGCUGAUGCUGGCUGCACCAUUGGGCUCCACUUCCUGGUGUUCGACACGGAGGAGGUCCACGACGUGCUGCGCAUCUGGGACGGGCCCGUGGAGAGCGGGGUCCUGCUGAAGGAGCUCAGCGGCUCGGCGCUGCCCAAGGACCUGCACAGCACCUUCAGCUCGGUGGUGCUGCAGUUCAGCACCGACUUCUUCACCAGCAAGCAGGGCUUUGCCGUGCAGUUCUCAGUGUCCACAGCCACGUCCUGCAAUGACCCUGGGGUCCCACAGAACGGGAGCCGGAGUGGUGACAGUUGGGAAGCUGGUGACUCCACGGUGUUCCAGUGUGACCCUGGCUACGCCCUGCAGGGCAGCGCAGAGAUCAGUUGCGUGAAGAUCGAGAACAGAUUCUUCUGGCAGCCCAGCCCGCCAACAUGCAUCGCUCCCUGUGGGGGAGACUUGACGGGACCCUCGGGAGUCAUCCUGUCUCCAAAUUACCCAGAGCCCUACCCGCCGGGCAAGGAGUGUGACUGGAAGGUGACCGUCUCUCCAGACUACGUCAUCGCCCUGGUAUUUAACAUCUUUAACCUGGAGCCUGGCUAUGACUUCCUUCACGUCUACGACGGGCGGGACUCUCUGAGCCCUCUCAUAGGGAGCUUCUACGGCUCCCAGCUCCCCAGCCGCAUUGAGAGCAGCAGCAACAGCCUCUUCCUCGCCUUCCGCAGCGACGCAUCCGUGAGCAAUGUUGGCUUCGUCAUCGACUACACAGAAAACCCACGAGAGUCAUGCUUUGAUCCUGGUACAGUCAAGAACGGCACACGAGUGGGGUCCGACCUAAAGCUGGGCUCCUCCAUUACCUACUACUGCCACGGCGGCUAUGAAGUGGAGGGCUCAUCAACCCUGAGCUGCAUCCUGGGGCCCGAUGGGAAGCCUGUGUGGAACAACCCCCGGCCAGUGUGCACAGCCCCCUGUGGAGGACAGUAUGUGGGUUCAGAUGGAGUGGUCUUGUCCCCCAACUAUCCCCAGAACUACACCAGUGGACAGAUCUGCCUGUAUUUUGUCACUGUGCCCAAGGAUUAUGUGGUGUUCGGACAGUUCGCCUUCUUCCACACGGCCCUCAAUGACGUGGUGGAGGUGCACGAUGGCCACAGCCAGCACUCCCGACUCCUCAGCUCCCUGUCGGGCACCCAUACAGGGGAAUCGCUGCCCUUGGCCACCUCCAAUCAAGUUCUCAUUAAGUUCAGUGCCAAAGGCCAAACACCAGCCAGAGGCUUCCACUUUGUCUACCAAGCGGUGCCCCGAACCAGCGCCACGCAGUGCAGCUCUGUGCCCGAACCCCGCUAUGGCAAGAGGCUGGGCAGUGACUUCUCCGUGGGGGCCAUCGUCCGCUUCGAAUGCAAUUCCGGCUAUGCCCUGCAGGGGUCCCCAGAAAUCGAGUGCCUCCCUGUUCCCGGGGCCUUGGCCCAGUGGAAUGUCUCAGCACCAGCAUGUGUGGUGCCAUGCGGAGGCAACCUCACGGAGCGCAGGGGCACCAUCCUGUCCCCUGGCUUCCCGGAGCCCUACCUCAACAGCCUCAACUGCGUGUGGAAGAUCAUGGUCCCCGAAGGUGCUGGCAUCCAGAUUCAAGUCAUCAGUUUUGUCACGGAGCAGAACUGGGACUCGCUGGAAGUGUUUGACGGUGCAGACAACACUGUGACUAUGCUGGGGAGCUUCUCAGGAACCACUGUGCCUGCCCUUCUGAACAGCACCUCCAACCAGCUCUACCUUCAUUUCUACUCAGAUAUCAGCGUGUCGGCAGCUGGCUUCCACUUGGAGUACAAAACGGUGGGCUUGAGCAGCUGCCCAGAACCUGCCGUUCCCAGUAACGGGGUGAAAACUGGCGAGCGCUACUUGGUGAACGAUGUGGUCUCUUUCCAAUGUGAGCCGGGAUAUGCUCUCCAGGGCCACGCCCACAUCUCCUGCAUGCCCGGAACCGUGCGGCGCUGGAACUACCCGCCUCCGCUCUGUAUUGCACAGUGUGGGGGAGCAGUGGAGGAGAUGGAGGGGGUGAUCCUGAGCCCCGGCUUUCCGGGCAACUACCCCAGCAACAUGGACUGUUCGUGGAAAAUAGCACUGCCCGUGGGCUUUGGAGCUCACAUCCAGUUCCUGAACUUCUCCACCGAGCCCAACCAUGACUUCAUAGAAAUCCGGAACGGCCCCCACGAGACCAGCCGCAUGAUGGGCAGAUUCAGUGGAAGUGAACUUCCAAGCUCCCUGCUCUCCACGUCCCACGAGACCACCGUGUAUUUUCACAGUGACCACUCCCAGAACCGGCCAGGAUUCAAGCUGGAGUAUCAAGCCUAUGAACUUCAAGAGUGCCCAGACCCAGAGCCCUUUGCCAAUGGCAUUGUGAGGGGAGCUGGCUACAACGUCGGGCAAUCAGUGACCUUCGAGUGCCUCCCAGGAUAUCAGCUGAUGGGCCAACCUGUCCUUACAUGUCAACAUGGCUCCAACCGCAACUGGGACCACCCCUUGCCCAGGUGUGAAGUCCCCUGCGGUGGGAACAUCACCUCUUCCAAUGGCACUGUGUACUCCCCUGGCUUCCCCAGUCCAUACUCCAGCUCCCAGGACUGUGUCUGGCUGAUCACCGUGCCCAUUGGUCAUGGCAUCCACCUCAACCUCAGCCUGCUGCAGACAGAGCCCUCGGGAGACUUCAUCACCGUCUGGGAUGGGCCACAGCAGACAGCUCCGCAGCUCGGAGUCUUCACCAGGAGCUUGGCCAAGAAAGCGGUGCAUAGCUCAACCAACCAGGUCCUGCUCAAGUUCCACCGUGAUGCGGCCACGGGUGGGAUCUUCGCCAUAGCCUUCUCGGCUUAUCCACUCACCAAAUGCCCUCCUCCCACCAUCCUCCCCAAUGCUGAAGUCGUCACAGAGAAUGAAGAAUUCAACAUAGGUGACAUCGUACGCUACAGGUGCCUCCCUGGCUUUACCUUGGUGGGGAAUGAAAUCCUGACCUGCAAGCUUGGAACUUACCUGCAGUUUGAAGGCCCACCCCCAAUAUGUGAAGUGCACUGCCCAGCGAAUGAGCUUCUGACAGACUCCACAGGUGUGAUCCUGAGUCAGAGCUACCCUGGAAGCUACCCUCAGUUCCAGACCUGCUCCUGGCUGGUGAGAGUGGAGCCCGACUAUAACAUCUCCGUCACCGUGGAGUACUUUCUCAGUGAGAAGCAGUAUGAUGAGUUUGAGAUUUUUGAUGGUCCCUCAGGACAGAGUCCUCUGCUGAAAGCUCUCAGUGGGAAUUACUCAGCUCCCCUGAUUGUCACCAGCACAAGCAACUCUGUGUACCUGCGCUGGUCAUCUGACCACGCCUACAACCGGAAGGGCUUUAAGAUUCGGUACUCAGCGCCCUACUGCAGCCUGCCCAGGGCUCCACUCCACGGCUUCCUCCUGGGCCAGACCAGCACCCAGCCCGGAGGCUCCGUCCACUUUGGCUGCAAUGCCGGCUACCGCUUGGUGGGACACAGCAUGGCCAUUUGUACCAGGCAUCCCCAGGGCUACUACCUGUGGAGUGAGGCCGUUCCUCUCUGUCAAGCUCUUUCCUGUGGGCUUCCGGAGGCUCCCAAGCAUGGAAUGGUGUUUGGCAAGGAGUACACCGUGGGGACCAAGGCUGUGUACAGCUGCAGCGAAGGCUACCACCUGCAGGCAGGUGCCGAGGCCACCGCAGAGUGUCUGGAGACAGGCCUGUGGAGCAACCACAACGUCCCUCCCCAGUGUGUCCCUGUGACCUGUCCCGAUGUCGGUGGCAUCGGGGUGGAACACGGCCGAUGGAGGCUCAUCUUUGAGACGCAGUACCAGUUCCAGGCCCAGCUGAUGCUCAUCUGUGACCCUGGCUACUACUACACUGGGCAGAGGGUCAUCCGCUGUCAGGCCAAUGGCAAAUGGAGCCUCGGGAACUCCAUGCCCACCUGCCAAAUCAUCUCCUGUGGAGAACUCCCCAUCCCACCCAAUGGGCACCGCAUCGGGACGCUGUCCGUCUACGGGGCAACAGCCAUCUUCUCCUGCAAUUCUGGGUACACGCUGGUGGGCUCCAGGGUGCGGGAGUGCAUGGCCAACGGGCUCUGGAGUGGCUCUGAAGUCCGCUGCCUUGCCGGACACUGUGGGACCCCUGAGCCCAUUGUCAACGGACACAUCAAUGGGGAGAACUACAACUACCGGGGCAGCGUGGUGUAUCAGUGCAACGCCGGCUUCCGCCUGAUCGGCAUGUCCGUGCGCAUCUGCCAGCAGGAUCACCACUGGUCGGGCAAGACCCCUUUCUGUGUGCUGGUGUCCUGUGGCCAUCCAGGCUCCCCACCCCAUUCGCAGAUGUCCGGGGACAACUAUACCGUGGGGGCAGUCGUGCAUUACAGUUGCACUGGCAAACGGACUCUGGUGGGAAACGCCACCCGCGUGUGUGGGCUAGAUGGACACUGGACAGGCUCCCUGCCACACUGCUCAGGCACCAGCAUGGGGAUUUGUGGUGACCCUGGGAUCCCAGCGCACGGCAUCCGUUUGGGGGAGAGCUUUGCCCCUGGGAGUCUGAUGCGCUUCAGCUGUGAGGCUGGCCAUGUGCUCCGGGGAUCGUCAGAGCGAACCUGCCAGGCCAACGGCUCGUGGAGCGGCACGCAGCCUGAGUGUGGAGUGAUCUCAUGUGGGAACCCCGGGACUCCAAGCAACGCCCGCGUCGUGUUCAGCGAUGGCCUGGUUUUCUCCAGCUCCAUCGUCUAUGAGUGUCGGGAAGGUUACUACGCCACAGGCCUGCUCAGCCGGCACUGCUCCGUCAACGGCACCUGGACAGGCAGUGACCCAGAGUGCACAGUCAUACAGUGUGGUGACCCUGGGGCUCCGGCCAAUGGCCUGCGGCUGGGCAGUGACUUCAGGUACAACAAAACUGUGACAUACCAGUGCGUCCCUGGCUACAUGAUGGAGUCGCAUCGGGUGUCUGUGCUGAGCUGCACCAAGGACCGGACGUGGAAUGGCACCAAGCCAAUCUGCAGAGCCAUCAUGUGCAAGCCGCCUCAGCUCAUCCCCAACGGGAAAGUGGUGGGGUCCGACUUCAUGUGGGGCUCGAGCGUGACGUAUGCCUGCCUGGAGGGGUACCAGCUCUCCCUGCCCGCGGUGCUCACCUGUGAGGGAAACGGAUCCUGGACCGGAGAGCUGCCUCAGUGUUUCCCUGUGUUCUGCGGAGAUCCUGGGGUCCCGGCCCGGGGGAGGAGAGAGGACCGCGGCUUCUCCUACCGGUCGUCCGUCUCCUUCUCCUGCCAGCCCCCUCUGGUGCUGGUGGGCUCACCACGGAGGUUCUGCCAGUCAGAUGGGACGUGGAGCGGCACCCAGCCCAGCUGCAUAGACCCGACACUGACCACUUGUGCAGACCCCGGCAUGCCGCAGUUUGGGAUACAGAACAGUUCCCAGGGCUACCAGGUGGGAAGCACAGUGCUCUUCCGCUGUCAGAAAGGUUACCUGCUCCAGGGCUCCACCACCAGGACCUGCCUCCCCAACCUGACCUGGAGCGGAAGCCCGCCCGACUGUGUCCCCCACCACUGCAAGCAGCCAGAGACGCCAACCCACGCCAACGUCGGGGCCCUGGACUUGCCCUCCAUGGGCUACACACUCAUCUACACCUGCCAGGAGGGCUUCUCCCUCAAGGGUGGCUCCGAGCACCGCACCUGCAAAGCAGAUGGCAGCUGGACAGGCAAACCACCCAUCUGCCUGGCAGAGGUCCGGCCCAGCGGGAGACCCAUCAACCCUGCCCGGGAGCCGCCGCUCACCCAGGCCUCAGUUCCUGGGGAUGUUUUUGCCAAGAAUUCCCUCUGGAAAGGGGCCUAUGAGUACCAGGGGAAGAAGCAGCCAGCCAUGCUCAGGGUGACUGGCUUCCAGGUUGUCAGCAGCAAGGUCAAUGCCACCAUGAUUGACCACAGCGGCGUGGAGUUGCACUUGGCCGGAAUUUACAAGAAAGAAGAUUUCCAUCUCCGACUCCAGGUUUACCAGAUCACAGGGCCUGUGGAGAUCUUUGUGAAUAAGUUCAAAGAUGAUCACUGGGCUCUAGAUGGGCACGUCUCCUCAGAGUCCUCCGGAGGCACCUUCAUCUACCAAGGCUCCGUCAAGGGCCACGGCUUUGGGCAGUUCGGCUUUCAAAGACUUGACCUCAGGCUGCUGGAGUCAGACCCGGAGUCUAUGGGCCGCCACUUUGCCUCCAACAGCAGCUCGGUGGCCGCCGCAAUCCUGGUGCCUUUCAUCGCCCUCAUCAUUGCAGGCUUCGUGCUCUAUCUCUACAAGCACAGGAGAAGACCCAAGGCUCCGUUCAAUGGCUAUGCUGGCCACGAGAACACAAGUGUCCGGGCCACCUUUGAGAACCCAAUGUACGACCGCAACAUCCAGCCCACAGACAUCGUGGCCACCGAGGCGGAGUUCACAGUCAGCACAGUGUGCACAGCGGUAUAGCCCCAGGCCUGCUGCCGCCCCCACUGCCCCCGAGAGCCCCGCCUCCAGCCGCCGUUCUCCAGGGCACAGAAGUAGCUCCCUGAGCCCAGUGCCCAGUGCCCAUCUUCGUCCGUCCCUCCGCCGUGUCUGCUGCUGCUGGACCUGGGCCCUCGCCCCGCCGCCCUCUGCUCCCGCGCCCUGGAGAGGAGCCCGCUGUGCCCUGGUGGGGGCAGUACAGGGAGAGGGACUGUGAGAGGAAGGAAGCCUGCGGCCUGCCAUAGCAGAGCAGACACACCUCCUACAUUUGCGUCUGUGGAGACCACAGAAGCUCAGAAAUCAGAAACGGGUGUGAGGGGUGCCCCAUGCUCCCCACAAGCCCAGAGAAGAGGGGGAGAGGAGGAGGCACCACCAAGCAUUGAAACCAACCUGCGCUGCCCAGCUCUGACCGGGCGGUCAGAACCCAGUGACUGUGUCAGCGGAUGCAUCCGCGGUGCUCAGUCCCCAGAGCGGACACCAGCCCUGGACAAAUGAGCGGUCCAGCCGCAGGGUGACAGCAGGGGUUACCCCAAGGGCAGAAAAACACCUUAAGAAACAGCUUGGAAAUCAGCUUAUUUUUUCCAACCUCAGUUUAUUGCAUUCUAAUCCCAGUGAGUUAAACAGUCGUCUGGGUUCCGGGCAGCGCUGGAAAGAAGGGUGAGGAAUCUGGCCACAAGCCCAAGGCCAAGUCUGGCUGUCAGUGGACAAAGAAGAGAAACAAGUGUGUGGCCCAGACGGAUGCCACGUCUGCAGGCAUCUGGAGGUGCUGGAAGGGACAGGAGAGCAAGCCUGCCCCAGUGGCCGAAAAGUCACACUGCAGUGUAAUAAGUGCCUGACGCCUCAGGAGUCUCGGUUCUAGGCCUUCCACCACCUACAAUGUAAGAAUUAUGAUCCCCAUUUUAUAGAUGGGAAAACAGGAGCCCAGAAUGGUGAAGAGAUGGAAGCCACGUGAAGUGUGGAGUCAGGAUGAAACCCAGAUGGUUCUAACUCCAAAGUCCACUAUACGGCGGCCAGAAACCCAGGUCCUGGAAGGACACAGACAGGGAGCAGUAGGUGAAUGCCUGCAGCAGGACUGGCCAGAGCGGAGGGGCCAGGCAGGGGGCCUGCGUGUCCUCUCUGGGUUCCGUUCUCCCCACCUGGGCAGCAACGAGACAAGGACCCAGCCCCUGCCUCCGGGAGCUGGUGGCCCAGGGCCCUGCGCACCUUGCCACAGCAGACGGAGGGAGGAGCUGGGUGCCCGUGGGUCCAGAGGAUGGAGUGGAUGACAGACACCCUGCAGCCCUUGCAGGGGAGUUUGAUUUAUUUUGAGUUUCUUUAUGCUCUGGUCAUUAAUGAGUUCUAUAGAAGUAUUGUUGGGAAUCUAACGAAUUUAGGAAUCAAACUGUGACAUUUAGAGCCACUGUCUCUGUCCUUGGGAAGGUCCCCAUGGGCUUACACGCGUGUGCAUAUGUGACCUGCUGGCCUCAGAAGUCUGUAUCACAUUUUGAAAUGACAAAUAGAAACAUACAAACGUGUUUGGUCCUUAAGCAAAUUCUGGGUUGAAACAGUGAAAAGAUCUGACUCACGUAAAGAUUGGCUAAAGUGGGAAGUGAAUUUCCGGCAGAUGCCACUGGGACUGGCCACAGCAGGGGCCAGCACGGCCCACACAGCAUCCCUGGGCUUGGUGGGAGAGGACACACCCCACGCUCGUCUCUUUCCCUGGAAACAAAUGCAGGAAGCUCUCUGGCUGCUCCCUUCCCCUUCUUACCCUCCUCUCAGACAACCGGUGGGCUCCUCCUCCAGCCCCGCCUCUGCCCCCCUCCUGUGUCCCCUUGUGAAGUCCUAGGAGGUGCCCCUGGAGCCCAGGCUGGUGAGGUACCCAGCACCCUGCUGUGCACUGCCCUUCCCACCUCUGGCAUUUUCUCUCCACCUCCAGAGGCUUGGAAGGGACCAGGGCAGACAGGACCCUUCACCCACCAUCCACAUCACACACCCAUCACCAUCCCAUGUGGGGGGGAAAAAAGUAAAACAAAAACAAACAAAAAAAUCUUUUGUACAGAGAUAUAUUUUUAUUAUACAAAGUUUGUACAGUACCAAAAAAGAAAGAAAGAAAGGUGUAAAUUUUUUUUCAUUAUUGUAGGUAAACGGUAGUGGAAGCCUUUUUUGUAAAUGUAAUAAAAUGUAUAAAUAUGGUUUUCAGAAAACAUCAAGUGCU